CAAUAGUGGCCAUUUAUAGUAUAAAUAUGGCUUUGAAGAUUUCAGAAAUAUUAACUUGGACUGAAUACUUCAAAAAAACUUUGUAUAAUCAGAUAAAACCAGUUUUUACAGAGUCAGUGUCUAAUGUCAAACCAAGUUAUAAUGAUGAAUUGAAUAAUAAAGUAUCAUUGUUGAAAACAGACAUCACAAAGUUAGAAAUUGAUGCUAUUGUUAAUGCAGCUAAUAAAACAUUACUUGGUGGAAGUGGAGUUGAUGGAGCCAUUCACAAAGCUGCUGGCCCACAACUUAAAGAAGAAUGCAAGACGUUGAAGGGUUGUGAGACUGCAGAAGCAAAAAUAACUAAAGGUUAUAAUCUUCCAGCAAAACAUGUAAUACAUACUGUUGGUCCUAUUGGAGAGAACUCAUUUUUAUUAAAAUUGGCAUAUGAAAAUUGUUUAAAAGUUUGUAGAGAAAAUAAUUUAAGAACAAUUGCUUUUCCAUGUAUAUCAACUGGAGUUUAUGGAUACCCUCAAGAAAAAGCAUGUCAAAUUGCCUUACAAACUGUAAGAAACUUUUUGGAGAGUAACCAUACCUCAGUGGAACGCAUAAUUUUUGUUGUUUUUUUGAAAGAAGAUGAAACAUUUUAUGAAAAAUAUUUGCAAUUUUUUUUUCCUAUUGAGUAAUAUUAUAUAUAUGAAAAUACAUGUCUAAUUUUUACAACUAUAUGUGCUAUGGUAAUGAAUUGUUAUUGUUAAUUGCAAAAGAUUUUUUGUACCAACUUUUUUUUUAACUAAAAUUGUUAGACAUUUUCAGUUUUUUUUACAAACAAAAUUAAACUUGCAUAUGAAUAGAUAUCUGUGUAAGAGAGUCUUCAUUUGAAAAGAUAUUUUAUCAAUGAUAAUGUUUGUUAUUACUUAUUAAAAUAUUUUAGUUUAACUUGCAGAGCUUUGAAAUUAAAGUAAUUUUAAUGUUUUUUUUUAAAUAAUUUGGCUGUUAUUUUGUAAUUACUUAUAUUAAUCAAAUUUUAAUUAAUACAGAUAGAAUUGUAUUAUGAUUCAUUAGCAAAUAUCACAGCUCAUGCAAUAAAGCCAGGAAACAAAAUCUACUGCAUUAAA